AUGGACUACCAACACCUGAUCUCGGCGCUGGACAUACGCACCACUCCCCUCUCGGUGGAUGAUCUCUUCGGCAUGGUUUCAAACUUCGACCAGCGCGUUGAGAUGUUCCACGGGACAGGGGCAGGCGCCUUCAAAUCCACGGCUAAUGUUGCAUCCCGAGGUCGUGGCAACAAUAACAACUCCAGCCGCUACCACAACUCCAACAAGAGUGGUGGUGGUGGAUCUCGCGGUGGCGGCGGCGGCCCUUAUCAGAACGGCGGCGGCAACAACGGCGGCGGCGGUCACUACAACAACUCCAACGCCGGUGGCGGCGGUGGUGGCUACAACAACUACAACAGCGGCGACGGUGGUGGUGGCGGCCACUACCAGAACGCUGGCAGCGGUGGUGGCGGUGGUCACUACCAGAAUAGCGGCGGCAACAAUAGACGCCCCUAG